UGUGUGUGUGUGUGUGUGUUUGUUUUUGUGAAUUAUGAGGACAUUUGACAAGAAUACACGCAACACUGUGAGGACAUUUUGAAUUAUGAGGACAGGGUCGGUGUCCUCAUAAUUCUGCCAACGUAGAAGUGUUUCUAUGGGUCUAAAAAGCUGAAAACCAAAUUUUCUCCAAAAGUCCUCACAAUACACAUAUACCAGAAUUUGUGUAAAAUCUGUGUAUCGCUCUAGCACCCCUGUAGCCAGGUCCUGGUAUUGCACCCCUGAUGAAUUAUUCACACUUGUGUAAAUUUUAAAGCUUCUGAUUGGCUGCCGGGCGGAAGGUACCCACAAUUACGGAUUGUGACAGAAAAGUUGUGUAUUUACUUCGUCCUGAUUGGCUGACUGGUAGAGGGUCCUCAUAAUGUAGGAUUUUGUCAAUUGUGUGUAUUUAAAUUCUCAACACCGAUGAGGUGACCGCUAAUCAGCCAAUGAGCUGCAGCCCCAAGCUUCCUGGCUUCCUGCUACAGCGUGAACACGUUGCCAUUUAAUUGUCUACUGCACUGGAGACACGAGGUAAGAAUGAAAGCACACUACUAUGUUUCAAGUCCAUAAAGUUUGCAAUCCCAGUAAGGAGAACACUGUAUGUCAACAGCAUGUAAACCAGCUAGUACUAUCUUAACAUACUAACUGGUUAAUUUAUGUUAGCACGACAUGGUAUGCUAGCCUAGCUUAAAGAGCUAUUUAAAGAGCUAGGUACAUGUUAGGUACACAAGCACAUGUUAGCAUUAAGCAUAUAAGUUUUCAUUUAGUCUUUGAAACAAAUAUAUUAUACCUAACAGCACAAGUAGAUAUUGUGCCUUGUGUUUUUUAACCUGCUAAAUUCACUUUUAAUACAAACUAAAAGACAUGACUUCCUAUGCUUGUUCUUUUGUCACAAAGUAAGUGGUAUGUAUUAAAAUAUAAUGUAGGUGACAAUGCAUGCACCUGAUGUAAAUUUCAGAUGGUCUUAAUCUAGUUUAGUGUAGUUAAACAGAAACAGCAAGUGAGUUGAUGUUUCUGUCUUGAUCCUUGACUUAAGGGGGAACAGUGUUUAAAAUGUUUUACUUGCACUAUUGCACUAUGACAAAAAGUUAGAUGUAAAAUGUUUGGUAACAGGUAAAACUGACAUACUUAAGUUCUUAUUUAUUGAUCAAAGGCAUCAUCUUUAUUGAAACAAAGCGAGGCAAUGAGGCCGCAGAGGGUGAAAGUAAAACCAAAAGAAGAGGCUGCAUACUUUGCAUCCUUAGGAAAGGACAAGGAUGGAUUUGAUAUCCGUUUUAUAAAUUCAUUCAAAGGUCGAGGAGUAUUCAGCAAGCGGCAUUUUGAGAAAGGAGAGUUCCUCAUCGAAUAUCGAGGACAGGUCAUAUCUAAACAAGAACAUGAAAACAGGCUACAUAUAUACCAUGAUGCCCUCAAGGUGUUCAUGUUUGAAUUUCGGUAUAAUGGAAAGAAUUUGUGUGUUGAUGCUGCUCAAGAGGAUGACUCCCUCGGCCGACUUGUAAACGAUGAUAAUGUGAGCCCAAAUAGCAAAAUGAAGACGAUCACUGUCAAUGGGCAGCCUCAUUUGUGUCUAUUUGCAACAACGGACAUCAAGCCUGGUGAAGAGAUAACAUACAAUUACGGAGACUCUGACUGGCCAUGGAGGUUAAAGUGUCCCACAGUGAAGGAGCCGGUUUGUUCUGGGGAUUUGGUCAGCCAUGGAAAAAUAAUUGCAACUGACAAGGAGAACAUAACUGAGGCAGAUCCACAACAUGCUUCUGUGACCAUGACAUCUAACUCCUUGAUCGAUGACAAACAGGUAUCAGCUGCCACAGAUGGUUACCAUGCAGAAGAGGCCAAGAUGUGUGUUUCCCCGAGUGAAACCAACGAACAGGACAACCAAACUGAGACAGAUCCACAACCUGCUGAUGCAAACAAGACAUCUGACUGCUUGACCGAUGAUAAACAGGGCUGUAAGCAUGACUUGGUCUCCACAGUAGUACCGAGCUUGGAAAAAUGUGCCCUGUGUACUGGACCCUUUUCUGCCUUGAAAUGGAUUGGUGUGAGAUGUAAAGUUUGCUCCUGCUUCUGGCACAAAUCCUGCUAUGUCAAGAGGAUGAAGACUGACUCUGAAUUCCCGCCAUUUGUUACUGAAGGAGCAAGUUCAAGUGAAGAGAUAUCAGAUGAGGAAUAUGUACCUGACUCUUCCAGUGACUCAGAGAAUUCCGGAGAUAUUUCAUUAGGGCCUUCAAAAUCUUUUCAAGAAGUGCCUGAUAUUGAAGUGGUCUGCACUGAGCUUCCCUCUGAAAAUCUGGAAAACACACCUUCCCAAGAACACCUCUUAGAUGAAGUGACAUUACCUGAUGUUAGAGAAGCAGACACUACAUUGCAGCUUGAGAAAACUUGUGAUGACUCCAAGCAAGCCUCAGGAGGGGUUCAGCCUGAAGUUCAGAAAGGCAGUGUUGAAGAUACAUUUCAGACCACUGAAGAAACUGGAGAAGACCACCAUGUACAGUCUUCAGGCAUAUCCUCUUCUGCAAGCAAGAUAAAUUAUUGCUACAUUUGUGGCAAACCACAGUCAAAAAUUACUCGUCACCUGAAAACCCAUGAGAAGACAAAUGUGGAAGUUGCUCGAGUUUUAGCAUUCCCAAAACACUCCAAAGAACGACAAAGACAGCUGAACAUACUACGGAACAAAGGAAAUCAUAAACAUAAUACAGAUGUUUUAACAAGUGGGACUGGAGUGCUGAAAAUGAAACGAAAACCCAAGAAAGUGCAAGACGUUAAACAGUAUGUGCAUUGUACGUAUUGCCAUGCUUUGUAUCUUCGGAGGCAUCUGUGGCGACAUCUUCAAAAAUGUCUCUCAAAACCAGGAGAAACCAAAGGGCAAGGAAGAACUAGAGUCUUGUCCUUGGCCACAAUGUCAGAGUCAGGCCUACCUCAACAGAUAUCCCAAGGUGUGUGGAAGCUGUUAACUGUCAUGAAAGAUGAUGACAUUUCUGCUGCUGUGCGAAGUGACUUCUGCAUUCUUCAGCUGGCGCAGUCAUUUUUCAACAAACAUGGUCAAGAUCCCACCAAAUAUGAAUAUAUUCGGCAGAAGCUUCGUGAAGUUGGAAGACUUCUACUAAUACUGUGUAAAGAAUUUUCCAUAUAUAAUCUUGAGGAUGCUGUAAGACCUGUAAAUUUCCAUUCAGUUAUCCAAGCAGUCAAGAAGGUGUCUGGGUUUGAUGAAGAAAAGCAUUGCUACAAAACGCCAAGCCUCGCACUUAAGUUGGGUCAUUCAUUGCAAAAGAUUAGUGACAUCAUCCAUUGCAGAGCUUUAAUGACAGGAGACAAUGAGCUGAAAAAGUCAACCCAGACUUUCAAAAAGCUUUACACCUCAAAGUGGUCUGAACUUGUCUCUCAUACUGCUUUGACCACCUUGAAUGAGGCGCACUUCAACAAGCCAUCCACCCUGCCUUUUACUGAAGAUGUGCAACGUCUUCAUCAGCAUCUUGAAAAGACAGCAGAUUUGGCAUCUGAGAACCUGGGAAAGAUGCCUUCACCACAAGUGUAUGGUGAACUUUGCAGAGCAACUUUGGCAAAGAUCAUAUUAUUCAACCGAAGACGUGGAGGUGAAGUUGCAAAAAUGCAAUUACACAGCUUCAUCGGAAGAGACACAACACCCCUCCAUAAGGAUGUUGCUCUUGGCCUCACAAAGUUUGAACAAAAACUCUGUGAACAUUUCAGCCGGGUGGAAAUUAGGGGUAAAAGAGGACGAAAAGUUGCUGUGUUGCUAUCACCGGACGUGGUUGAUUCAUUGACACUCCUCUUGAAAAAAAGGAAGGAAUGUGGAGUUCCAGAGGAGAACAUUUUUUUGUUUGGAAGGCCCCACUGUUUAACUUCAUACAGAGGACAGGAUUGUUUAAGGACGUAUGCAAAUGAGUGUGGUGCUCAGAACCCAGAACUCCUGAGGUCAACCCAGUUACGCAAACAUGUUGCAACGUUGUCCCAGGUCCUGAACCUCAAAAACCAUGAACUGGACCAGGUUGCGGACUUCCUCGGCCAUGAUAUUCGUGUCCACAGAGAAUACUACAGGCUUCCAGAGGCGACAACACAGCUGGCCAAAAUAUCCAAGCUACUGCUUGCCAUGGAGAAGGGGUCCAUCACAAACCUUCAGGGCAAAACUCUUGAAGAGAUUGAGAUAGAAGAUAACCUUGACUUCACUGCUUCUGAAGCAAGUGAAGAAAGUGAAGCUGACGGAGAGGAUCAGCCCUCAGAUCCACAAACAGACAUGGGACAGGAGAGAGCUGUGCUACCUGUCAACAACCCUUCAGCUGCCUCAGAUGACUUCAGAGAUGACUCUGCCCUUCUAAAGACUUCUAGUGGACAGGAGAGAACUGUACAACCUGUUGACAACCCUUCAGCUGCCUCUGAUGGUGACACUGCUCUUGAAGGGACAUCUAAAGAGGAUAAUGGGAAGAAAAAGUCCAGCAGGAAAAAAAAACGUCAUGAACAAAGUGCGAUUACCAAAAAUGCUGGAGUGGACGAUCCCAGGAGGAAAAUAAAGCAUCCAUGGUCUCCAGCUGAGGUUGCAGCUGUGAUGAGACAUUUUAAAGAUCACAUCAACAAUGGUAAACUCGUCACUAUGAUUCAGUGCCAGCAGUGCAAGACCGCUGAGCAUCAUGUUCUUGCCGACCGCACUCUUCAAAAUAUAAGAGAUUUUGUUAGAAAUCGUGGCAUAACACUGAAGAGGAAGAACCAAUAAGUACAGAGAGAGAUGAUGUUUUGUUUUUAUGUGUUAAAAGAUAAGAGCUGAGCUCUGUUAAGUGGCGACAAAGCCACAAAAAAUAAAGUUGGUUCUUUAACAACUUUAACAACUGGUUAUACCUGGUGUAAUGUCUUUGUCUAUCAGAUAUGUAUUAAUAGGUUUUACCCGAGGUGGAUAAUGACUAUUGUAUACUGAGGAUGUCUUACACACAUGCCACAGAUCAGGUAUGUCUUUAAAUUUCACAAUGGUAUUGUGUUCAUCUAUUUGUCCUCAUAUACUGGUUGUGACCUAUUAAUGCACAUUACUUUCAUUUUUGUGUUUGUGUGAAUCCAUGUUCCAGCAAGUCACCUGUGACCCUCCAAGUCACAUUAGUGUCAGUGUUUGUGUGUUGUAUAACAACAGUCCUUAUUAAUCAAGUUGGUUCUUAUAAUUCUCCUUUUUGUCAUGGGCGGGGUUUAGCAGCUCAUUAACUUUGUCCUUACAAGUCGUCGUAGUGUCAGGUUGUUGUAACUUGCGUUGCUUUUUGUGUUUCUGACUUUUGAAGUGAGAUUUGCAGAGUACAGCCCAAACCAAAUUUUUUGAUAUAUGCCACACCUCUGGGAAACAAGCGGAAAGGGGUGCCACCCUAAUACACCAAAAAACUUGUUUGGCGAGAGGUGUCCUUGUAGUUCACAAAAACCCGUAUGUGUGUGUGUGUGUGUGUGUGUGUGUGUGUAUAGAAUUCCUCUAAUGUCUGUGGUUCAAAGUGUGAUACUUAUAGUGGUAAAAAAAAAAAAACACGUGGGAAGUUGUGUGGUGAAUGACACAUGACAACAGAUUCAUCCUCUUUUAUGCGUCGGUGUCCCAAUAUGGACAUUUUUUUUUUAAUGUUUGUGAAUGUGUUGUUUUGUAGAGUUCUUUUGAAACAAGUUUAGGUGAAAUGAGGAGUGUAUUACUCAAAGGGUAUACAGUAUAUGAUUGAUUAUGAUGCUUUUUGAUCAUGCUUUUCAGGGUUUACCACAACAUUUUACUCUGAUGCAAGAGUACAUUGUUUUUUCCAUGUAGAGCAAAUGUGGCUCCCUGAAUUGUUUUUGACCACAGGAGGGAGUGUGUGCAUCAUCCUAAAAUAGUAUGCCCGGUUUAAGAGCCUGUGAACCUGGAAAUGCCCUUGCUGUAAGCCUCUCCAGCAUAUUUUAAAGAGCUUAAUGACACACAUAAUGACAUUUACACAAUAUACGUGACAUUGGAACAAUCUGGCAUGAUACUAAAAUUGUAAUCUUUUCUUUAUUAAUUUCCUUUGUCAUUAUUACAGUGUCCCGGGAACCAUUUACAUUGUAAAAUACAAUAUUUCUAAGCCAAAAAAAAUUUUUUUUAAGAGUAGCAAUAUGUACAAAAAUAACAAUGAAAUAUUACUAUAAUACAAGCAUAAAGGUUAAAAACUGGGAAAAACUGUUGAUUUUUUAUUUUUGUUAAUA